AUGUCACAAGUUUACAGUAAUAAUAGCUCACAUUCAACAACUUCAUUCUUAACAAGUGCACCAGUGGAAUUAACAACAAGGAAAGGUUAUGAAGAUUUCAUAAAUAAUAGGAAGCAUAAGGAUUUUAAACUAUCCACAGUUUUAAAACCAAAUGAUGGUGCAUUAGAUGGAUAUGUUCUCAAAGAUGGAGGAGACGUCAUUGCUAUAGUGAAAGGUGAAGCCAUGGAUUACUUGAAUGAGAUCGCAGGUAACAGAUGA